GAAAUCCUGCUGAUACAGAAUGCCUUUAAGAUCCUGCCUUUCCCAUCCUAAUCUACAGAGGAAACAGGAAAAAGGAACUUAAAACUCCCUUUGCUCAGACAGGGACAAAGCUGAGUCUCCAGCCCAUUCCAGUAUUACAGUUCAUGUGUCGCUCCCUGGUAGGCACAGCAUUGCUCUACAAUGCAAGGAAAGAGCAAGGACUAAGAAUUAUCACCCUCUGAAAGGACAUCUGUUAUUCCAUGAGCUGCAGUGCAAACUGGAUGGAUAUACUUGGCAAAGCGUGGACUUUUUUAGCACCUCUCAUCUUCUGUGGAUUCAGCCUCAUGCUUUCAGGUAUUGUAGAAGCAACAUUUGAUUUAAUAUUGAUCAAUUCACUCCCAACUGUGGCCGAUUCAGAGACCUCGCUGAUCUGUAUCACAUCCAGAUGGUGUUCCCUGGACUCUAUCAAAAUUGGCCGAGAUUAUGAUGCUUUGAUGAACCAGCAUCCAUCCCCUCUGACAGUAGUUGAUGAUGAGACCAGCGGAAUAGCAAAGAAGGUGGUAUGGCAAAGGGAAAAGUCUGGUGAAAGCAUUGGAGCAUACUACUGCGAAGGAAAAUUCAGAGAUAAAGUGAAGAGAAUACAUACAAUGAAGAUGCAACAAACAGCUUCCUUCCUUCCAGUGUCCUUAACUAUUACAGCAAACAAGAGAGACGAUGUCAGCAUUCCCUUCAUCAGAAAAGUUGUGAAGGAGGAAGAUGCAGUCAUCUACAAAAAUGGUACGUUCAUAUACUCUGUCCUCAGGCACGAAGUUCCAGAAUUGCUAACGGUGCCCAUUCCCCAGGUGUCCGUCAAUGACGCAGGCGUUUACUCUGCCAGAUACAUAGGAGGAAGCCAUUUCACAGCUGCCUACACCAGGCUAAUCGUACGGAGGUGUGAAGCUGAGAAAUGGGGACCUGAAUGUGGCUUUCACUGCCCGGACUGCAAAAAUAAUGGCAUCUGUCAUGAAGAUACUGGGGAAUGUAUUUGCCCACCAGGAUUUAUGGGGAAAACAUGUGAGAAAGCUUGUGCAGAAAAUACCUUUGGGAGGGCUUGCCAAGAGCAUUGUGAGCAAAAAUCAGGCUGCAAGUCGUUUGUGUUUUGCCUACCUGACCCAUAUGGUUGUUCCUGUGCUUCAGGAUGGAAGGGUCUCCAUUGUGAUGAAGCUUGUGAGCCUGGUUUUUACGGGCCCGGUUGUAAACUCAAGUGUACCAACAACUGCAAUAAUCGAGGAACAUGUAACAGCUUUAAGGGAUGCAUCUGCCAACUGGGUUGGCAUGGUCUGCACUGUGAAAAAGAAGGUGAAGCAGAUGAAGCACCUCGGAUAGAGAACUCACCUGAUGCUGUGGAACUCAAUUCGGGCACCGUGUUUAAAUCUACCUGCAUUGCUACUGGCAAUCCACUUCCUACAAAAGAAGAAAUCAAGCUGAUAAAAAAAGAUGGAACAGUUCUUAAGCCUGUCACAUUGACUAAUAGAAGCAACCAGUCAGAAGCAACAGAAGCUAGAUUUCAGGUUGAAAAUGUCCAGCCUUCUGAUUCUGGAAUGUGGGUCUACAUUGUUAAGACUGUAGCAGGCAUGGUGGAAAAACCUUUCCAAGUCACAGUUAAAGUUCUUCCUAUGCCUCUGAAACCUCCAUCACUGGUUGAGCGAGGACAUAAUUUUCUCAUCAUUAAAACAAAUGCUGAUUCAUAUUCUGGUGAUGGACCAAUUGUAUCAACCAAGCUUCUCUACAAACAUGGCAGAGAUCAGUGGCGCCCAGUGAAUGUAACUGGAGAGAUCUGGAAACUAACUGAUCUGGAACCAAAAACAGAAUAUUCUAUCUGUGUCCGGCUGACUCGCAGAGGAGAAGGGGGAGUAGGACACCCUGGGCCAACAGCCAGCUUCACUACAGCUGCUGUUGGUCUCCCUCCACCAAAAGGCCUCACUCUUGUUCCUAAAAGCACCACAGCCCUGACCUUGUCAUGGCAACCAGUGGUUCAAAACUCAGAAGAUAACAUACACAUUGAAGUAGAAAAGAAGAGUGUGCUGGACAUGAGUGGCAAGACUACCACGAUCAAUCACUUGCCAAGCAAUCAGUCUGUUCUGGUCAUUGACAAUUUGGAGCCCAGACACCAAUACAUGUGCCGAGUCCGUGUGAACAGCAAGUCUAAAGGAGAAUGGAGUGACUAUCUCUAUGCAUGGACCUUCAGUGACCAGCUUCCUCCUUCACCAGAUCACAUCAAGAUCAUAAACAUCACAGACUCCUCUGCUCUCAUUUCCUGGUCAACUGCUGAAGGACAUUCCAUCUCCUCCAUCAUCCUCAGCUAUAAAAUUUAUGGCAAGACUGAAUACAAUCACAUUGAUGUCACCAUCAGAAAUGCCACCAUUACUCAUUACCACCUCAAGGGUCUUGAGCCAAACACUGAAUAUCUGGUUCAGAUCAAGGCUCAGAAUAAUAUUGGAUCAAGCAACCCAAACCCUUCUUAUGAACUGAAGACCCUCCCAGAAACCAAAGUUCCAUACGAGUCAAAGGGAGGAAGGAUGUUGCUGAUUGCCAUCCUGGGUUCAGCAGGGAUGACUUGCUUGACCAUACUGCUGGCCUUUUUCAUUAUGCUACAGCUGAAGCGGGCAAAUUUUCAGCGAAGAAUGGCCCAGGCUUUCCAAAAUGUGGUGAGAGAUGAGCCAGCUGUACAGUUCAAUUCAGGAACUCUUACCCUAAGCCGGAAAGCCAAAAAUAGCCCAGAUCCUACUAUUUACCCAGUCUUGGAGUGGAAUGACAUCAAAUUUCAGGAUGUGAUUGGAGAGGGCAACUUUGGCCAGGUUCUUAAAGCACGAAUCAAGAAGGAUGGGUUGCGAAUGGAUGCAGCUAUCAAAAGGAUGAAGGAAUAUGCCUCAAAGGACGAUCACAGAGAUUUUGCUGGAGAACUAGAAGUCCUGUGUAAACUUGGACAUCAUCCGAAUAUCAUAAACCUUUUGGGAGCAUGUGAACAUCGAGGGUAUCUCUAUCUUGCAAUUGAAUAUGCCCCACAUGGGAAUUUGCUAGACUUUCUGCGGAAGAGCCGAGUUCUGGAGACUGACCCAGCAUUUGCCAUUGCCAACAGUACUGCCUCCACACUCUCCUCUCAGCAGCUAUUGCACUUUGCAGCCGAUGUAGCCAGAGGAAUGGACUACCUGAGCCAAAAACAGUUUAUCCACCGGGAUCUUGCGGCAAGAAACAUCUUGGUUGGAGAAAACUAUGUGGCAAAAAUAGCUGACUUUGGAUUGUCUCGAGGACAAGAGGUUUAUGUUAAAAAGACCAUGGGAAGGCUUCCUGUGCGAUGGAUGGCAAUUGAAUCUCUAAACUACAGUGUAUAUACCACAAACAGUGAUGUGUGGUCGUAUGGUGUGCUGUUAUGGGAAAUAGUUAGCUUGGGUGGGACACCAUACUGUGGGAUGACUUGUGCAGAACUGUAUGAGAAAUUACCCCAAGGGUACAGACUGGAGAAACCUCUCAACUGUGAUGAUGAGAUUUAUGAUCUAAUGAGACAGUGCUGGAGAGAAAAGCCCUAUGAGAGGCCUUCAUUUGCUCAGAUACUUGUAUCGUUGAACAGAAUGUUGGAAGAAAGAAAGACUUAUGUGAAUACAACCCUGUAUGAAAAGUUCACCUAUGCAGGCAUUGACUGUUCUGCUGAAGAAGCUGCUUAAGAUGGAAGAGCUUCAGUUAUUUUAUCAAUUUAAAUAACUGAAGACUUUGAUUUUCUGAAGCAAAGAAAUGUACUCUGAUGUAUAAAGUGUGUAUAGUACCUUCUGUACAAUCUUUUAGCUAUACACAUCAUACCUUUUAAGUGUAUGUUACAGUGAGUUCUUUCUAUGUUAUAGGAAUGUUUGUGUACAUAUACAUGUAUGUAAGUGUACCCACAAUGUAUAGCUGUGCAGAAAGACUGAUCUUUAUAUAUGCACAUUCACACCCCCAUAUACAAUAUCUGAACCAAGAAAAGGAUGGAAACAAAUAAAUUCUACAUU